AUGGCGACGGCAGAGCAACAACGACCCGCGUCUCAGAAGCCACCCGCUGGGUUGGCAGGCGUCUUGAAUCCUGAGGAGAACCGCGAUUCGGCAUACUUCUCGAGUACGGAUGCCUCGAGCAAGCACACAUCCGCAGCCUCGGGCAUUGGGAUCCAUGUCGUUGGCCCGCCUCCCACGGGCUAUACUUCGACGCACGACAAGACUCCGUCACCAAUCAGUACGAACAUGCUCCCUCAGCCGUUGAUCUCUCCGUCGAGCAACAUGAGCAUCCACUCGAUGGUGUCACCAACGACACCGGGCAGCGGCCGCUUCGACCGUCCGUUGUCAUACGAAUCUGGCGUCGUAGUCAACGGCGGCUUUGACUCGCGGCGGGAGAGUGUCGACAGCAGAAUCAACCAAGGAUUUGGAGACAUGAAGCUGGGGGGGAACUCUCCGUACAUGAGCCACAACCAAUCCACGACGUCGAUUCAAGGGACUCUGGCGCAGCAGCGAAACCCGCGAACGUCUGGCUUGGAAAACCUAUCUGUACAUCGUAUAUCCAAUGGCUACCAACCAAGUGCAGAACGCAACCCCGAGGUCAACCAGAAGGCCGUACGAACCGCCCCUGCCAUUACCGGACCUGCCACGAGUACUAUUGCGCGAGCUGCCGAACCCGUCAAAGGCCAGGCAUGGGCAUUCCCCGAAGAGGAAAUCCCCAGGAUGCCGUCGGCGGCCGGCAAUCAUUAUUACGACUCAAGAAGGAGCAGCAUCACCGAGUCCAUUGCCAGUAGCCAGUUCACGACCGAAUCCAGACUACCCCCUGGUCAAAGGCGGCUGGACGACGCGCUGGGCACAGACUUUCAACGUCUGUCGACCGCCUCGGCCGAUUUCCCAGCUGUGCACCACCACACCCUGCAGCAUAAGCAAUUGUCGGAUAUCCACAGUGAAGAGUCGAGUCCUCACUCUGGUUCUCAGCCGUAUAGCCGGACACCUGAACUGCGUGUGAGCCACAAAUUGGCCGAGCGCAAGCGCCGCACUGAGAUGAAGGAACUCUUCGAGCAACUCCGAGACUUGAUGCCCCAGGAACGUGGAUCGAAAGCCUCCAAAUGGGAAAUUCUCACCAAAGCGAUUGCGGAGCAUCAGAAGCAGCAGGAUUAUAUCAAGCAGCUCUCAGGGCACUUUGCCAAUGCCCAGCAGGAGACCGACCAUAUGCGCCGAGAGCUGGAGAAGCUGCGCAUGGAGAACGCGACAUUACGAGGGACAAGCACGCCGAAUGGGGCCCCACCACAUCCCCAGGCGAGCUAUCCGGCCCAGGUCCAACCCGCGGCCGACCCGUACGGCAGGGGGCCGUCGCGACCAGAGCUUCCGCCUCUUCGCUCUCUGAGUGGCAACCUUCCCAAUGGGCCGGACUCGAUGACCGGAGUUCAGUACGAAGGGCAGCAGUCGAACGGGUUUCAACAAGGCCGAUUCUAG